AUGGCUGUUUUUCUUGCUUUGAAGAUCCAAACCCCUCUCAUUUUCAAUUCUACUGGGAAAGAAGUUAAAGCUUCCAGUACUUGUAACCUGCAAUCCAGGUGUCAUGCUGUGCUACCUUCCCAAAAACCAUCUCGCCGUCGCCAAGUUUUAGUGAGUGGUGCAUUAGUUGCAAUCUUAACCCUCAACAAUGGCUCAACACCAUUGCCAGCUUGUGCUGGAGAUGAGUCAACUAGUCAAGAGGAUCAGGAUCAGGGCCUCAUAGGGUCCAUAAAAACGUUGUUUGAUCCUACUGAAAAAACAAAGUCCGGUAAAGUGUUGCCGAAGGCUUACUUGAAGUCAGCAAGAGAGACGGACGCAGAUGCAGCAAAGGAGUCUAUCCGAGAUUAUCUCAGUGGGUGGAGGGGACAGAAGACAGUAGUCAAUGAGGAAUCAUACGUCGUGAUUGAGAAAGCAAUCAGAUCUCUAGCCAGCUUCUACUCAAAGGCAGGCCCAUCUGCCCCACUUCCAGAAGAGGUUAAGUCUGAAAUUCUGAAGGAUUUGAACUCUGUGGAAGAAUUUUUGAGGUUUGAUGGGUCAGUCCUUCAUACGCCGCGUUACACAAGAAGGAAAAUGAGAUUUGCUCCUCUAGGGGCUAGGUGCUCCCGUGGCACAACACCAGAGAGUUGCAAAUCACUCAAAUCAAUCAGACCAAAAUUCACAUGCUCUUACGCGUCAGAGUAG